AUGAUGCAAGCCAAGAAGAUCAAGUACGACGUCAUCGGACUGACCGAGACGAGACGACGUCACCCUCUCAACGCCGUAUAUGAAAUUGGAGAAGAAGUGUUCUUAGGAACAUGCGACAGUAGAGGUGUUGGAGGAGUCGGCGUCCUUGUCAACACGAGUAUGGCAAAGAACAUCGACUCUUUCGAACAACUUACGACCUGA